AUGGCCUUUGUUCACUGCGGGUCUGAAGAAUGUGCCAAAUCUGAACUGGAUGCAUUUCAAAUAGCCCCUACGCAGACCUGCAUUGAGAAAAGCCUGUAUGUUGAGAUCCCCCCGCUCUCACCUAUUACCGAGUCCAGCCCCCUUGACUUUUUCAUAGCUGGGAAUGGUGAAGAUUACAUGGACUUGAACAAUAUGGUGCUGUACCUUUGCUGCAAGAUUGUAAAAGGCGAUGGAACUGAUCUUGUUGCCGGGGCAGCGGUGGGUUUAGUGAAUUACCCACUAGCCUCUGUCUUCAGUCAGCUGGAUGUCACUCUGGGAGACCAUCUGAUAAGUCAGAGCAACAACUGUUACCCCUACCGAGCUUUCAUUGAAUUGGUUCUCAACUACAGCAAUGACACCCUGGCCACUCAAUUUUCUGCCAGCUUGUUUUACAAAGAUACCCCUGGCCAUCAUGAAAUGGUUGCGUGGGAUGGCAAUAACCAGGGGUUUUGGAGACGGGCAAACCUAACAGACCAGGGCAAAAAGAUAAUGCUGCUUGGUCAUCUCCAUAGCGAUUUGUUUUUUCAAGAAAAACUGUUGCUGAAUGGCGUGGAUGUGAAAAUUAAGCGCACAUGCAACAAAGAUGCCCUCUGCGUGAUGGGUACUGCAGCAGCUGGCCCUUGUACACUAAAAAUCACAUCUGCCUCACUUUUUGUGAAAAAAGUGAAAGUAGCACCGGGCAUCCAACUGGGCCACGUGGAGGCCUUGCUUACAGCCAAUGCUAAAUACGCCAUAGACCCUGUGGGUAUGAAAGUGUUUAGCAUUCCUGCUGGCAGCCGUGUCAGCAACCUGGAGAAUCUGUUUCUGGGGCAGUUGCCCAAACUUAUCAUCAUUGGUGGGAAUUAUGCUAAGAACCCCUUUAACUUUAAACAUUACAAUAUUAAUUUUGUGGCCCUCUACAUCGAUGGAGAACAAACCCCGACAAAGCCCCUACAACCAGAUUUUGAGAAUGGUAACUGCGUGAGAGAAUACAUGCAGCUGGUACAGACAGAUGGUAAACAUACGAAAGACUGGGCCGUGAUAAUCAACCGUGAGGCGUUUGCUUUGGGGUACACCUUAUAUGCCUUUGACCUGCCCCCUGACCAGGAGUGUGCUAAUCAUUAUUCGCUGAUUAAAACUGGGAACCUGAGAGCAGAAAUAUGCUUUGCUGUGGCUUUGCUCACCACGGUUAACAUGAUCCUGUACAGGGUCUUUGACAAUGUCAUAGAAACAAAUCAAAGGAGAAAUGUCCUGUUUUACUAUAUGUGA